AUUACCUGCACGGAGAGUAUAGAUAUAUAAUUUUCUUUUUGUGCCUAUUUAAAAUCGGGUUCAUUAUCCAAGAAAAAUAAUUAUAAAAGCGGGAAAAUUCAUAAUGGUGCAAGUUCUAGUAUCAUUACCAGACAGCCCAAACCAGUGCCCAGAGUGGGCAAUAGUUGAUCUUCAAGGAAGUUUAGAAACCAGACAACCUGUUCCUCUUGGAGGGAAGUUUGUAGGAGACCUUCAUUUUACGAAACAGAAUGUUCCCAUACUCAUCAUUGGGCAUCAUAUUCUGUAUGGUAAAAUUGUGGAUAUGGAAAAGCCCUUUGCUGUUAUUGUGAAAGACGAAUCUUCUGAAACUGCCACAGACAGGGACACUGAUAAAAAUACAAGUGUGAACUAUGUUGUGAAGGCACUCAUCAAGAAAAAGUUACUCUUCAAACAGAGACCCAAACCAAUCAUUGCUAAUAUACCCAAAAAACUGUGAUAGAUUCUCAUAUUUUUUUUAUUUUUCAUAUUCAAUUAUAGACAUUUUAUGUAUGAAUGUACAAUUCUGAAUCAAUAAAAGUGCAAUCAUGA